AGUGCAGAAAAGUCCACUGGAGUACGCAAAGUUAGAACUGGAGUGUGAAAAUAGCCGGGAUGAUAACGUGGAAAAGCGCUGAACGUUGAUAAGAGAAAUUCAAGUUCCCUACCACGUCGCCGCGAGAGAGGUGGCAUUACGUGUCAGAAUGUAGAGCAAAUAGUUCCUUGGACAGUCUCUGAGUACUAUUGCGUGGGAUCGGGUUGAUUUCUGACACACUUCUCUGCGAAUUCCUCCGUGGACGGCGAAGGAGAAUGGCAAGUGAAAGGGAUGAACUCACGCUCUACGAGCCGAAGCUGCUCCAUCAGCUUGAAUUUUGGCGAUCCCCGGCCAAGUUUAAUCCCCCAAUCACCGCCACCGCGCCCGGGGAGACAUGGAUGAAGGUCAGGCCGCUGCAGGAAGGCGACUACGAUCGCGGCUUCCUGGAACUGCUGUCGCAACUGACGAAGGUGGGAAACAUCUCCAAAGGACAGUUCCUUAUGCAAUUCGCCAGGAUGCGCGCAAGCGGCGACUACUAUGUCACUGUGAUUGAGGAUACGCGGAUCAACAGAAUCAUCGGAAGUGCCACUUUAGUGCUGGAGCAUAAAUUCAUUCAUGAGUGUUCAGUGCGAGGCAGAUUGGAAGAUGUUGUGGUGAAUAAUACUUACAGAGGAAAGCAGCUGGGAAAACUAAUUGUCGUGACUGUGAAUCUCCUGGCACAGCAUCUGGGCUGCUACAAGAUGUCUCUGGAGUGCAAAGAUCAUCUCAUUCCGUUCUACGAGUCUCUGGGAUACGUUCUCGAGCCGGGCAAUUCGAAUUCCAUGAAUAUCCGCUACGAUGGUGCCAAGGAAGCGCCUGUGAGGAGUCGCCAAUCGGUGAUUUUGGUCAAUGCCACGAAUCCUGUGGAUCCCUCCUGACAAUUAGCCACCAGUGCUGCUAAAGUGAAGUCCAAGCUCUAGUGAUUCACCACUGGGGAGGAUGAUGGCUCGAGGAAAACACGCACAGCGCCAAUUAGCAGACUGGUAGAUGACUUGAAGCAGAUUCGAACGUCCGAUGAGAUUCU